AUGGUCAAAGAUUGGUCUUCUCUCCAAGAGGACAUUAAGAUGCUGUACCACGUCGAGGGACAGCCCUUGAAAGAGGUGAUGCGUAUUAUUAAAGGACGUCACGGAUUCCACGCCUCCGAGCGAUCAUAUCGAACUCAGCUCCAAAAAUGGGGAUAUCUGAAAUAUAGUACCGACUCUCACCCCAAACCGAUCUCCACGGCUCAGAAAGUCAGAUCAAAAAGGCGCGCAAGUGUUCGAAGCACCAACCAGAUUCCUCCAACGUCUUCUUCUGAUGGCGUCAGCAGAUCGGCCACCUUUCAACCACAUCUGCCAUCCUUCUCUAUCCUUGGCCAUGACCCCACGGACGGGCUGUAUUACAAUGCAGGGUUGGCAACUGCAUUUCAUUCUUCCGAGGGCGCUUAUCUCGGCAUAAAUGCCAGUAUGCCGCUAGGAUCCACACACGUCCCGCUCCAUUAUGGGUUUGGCCUAGAUGAACAAGACAGCAAUGGUAAAACCCAGCUCCAUCGUGCUACCAUUGACAAAUCCCUGGACCAGGUUAGAACCAUCCUGUUUGCUGGGGCAUCGGUUGAUAUCCGGGAUCACAGUGGCCACCAAGCUCUCCACUACGCUGCAAUUGCAGAUGACUUGGAAAUCUUCAAACUAUUGCUCCAAUUUGGUGCCGAUGUAAAUGCAGAAAGCGAUUCGGUCGUAGAUGCGCUUUUGGCUUAUACGUCGGACAUGAAUCUCGCAAACAAGGCUGGGUCCACCCCAUUCCACAAAGCUGUGGACCAGGAAUACGACGCUCCCACAUUGAAAUACCUUGCGCGAGUCCUUGAUCUCGGUGCCGACAUCAAUCACGCUCUGCCGGAUGGAAGAUUGCCCAUGCAGGUUUUCUUGGCCAGGACAGUAUCCUUGCCGGUUGAACUAAACAUUCACAUGAAUGAUGUCCUUAAAAGAUUCUUAGCCAAGGGGCCUGAUCCGCUCACCUCGUUUUCCAACGGGGUCCCUAUAUUUAUACGACUCGGGGAAAAUCAGCUCGGCGGAUUUGGGCGGUCUGGCGAAGGUAAAACUCUAAAAUCGCAAGGGGAGACCCCACUCCGCGUGUUAGUCAUGAAGAGGGUUUUGGGCACAACAAUGAAACCAUUUAUGGUGAGGAUGAUACAAAGAUUACUUUGUUCCGGCGCCGAUCCGCUGCUACAGGUCUUGACCGGUCGAUGCAUCUUCUACGAAUCAGCCUCGCAAAUCGAUAACGAGGCUGUUCGCUUAUUAAUCAUGACCGUCGCCGCAGAGCGAAAGGAGCCAUGGCCACAUCUACAGUGCAUACAUGUCCACGAGCGGGCUUGGUGGGAAGACUGGAGACUAGCGAUGCAAGCGGACUAUUGGACUGAGGCAGAAACUCCUGCCGCUGACGAUGGUGGCGAACAGUUAAAUCUUGUCUUCACACGGAGCGCGAAGCGGAUGUUGGCAAACAAGCACCUGGAGAAGGCGAAGAAGAUGUCUUAUGAGGGAGGCUUGGACGAGCAGGAGACCCACAGAAAAUAUGUGGCAGGCAUUCUCCGAGAUUGCAGAUUGCAGAAGGUUGACAUUGACCUGAAAUAUUUUCACUAUCUCUUAGAACUGUGUUAA